AUCACAAGGGGCUGGAGCAGGAGAAGCUGGGGUGACAGGGUGGAACACGGGACUGAACACACGGGGCACUGCUCGCCUUUGCUCUACAGAGAUUGCUGUGGUUUUAGAGUUCUCUGCCCUGCCUCAGAAUAGAACAUCAGCCUCUAAAAAAGAACAGCAAUGUUGGUGAGAGAUGUGGGUGGUGUAGGGUCUGCGUUCAGCAUCUCGACUGUCUGACUGGGGAUGGGGACAGUUUCGUCCAGAACAGACUUAUGCAACCAGAAAAUAAACCUAAAAUUUUCCUAACAUGAAUUAAGUAACAUUUUGUAGCAAAGAUCUGAAGAACAACCUGUUUAUAGUAGCGUCUGGACUGCAACCUAUGGAUUUAGAAAAUAGUAGGUGGAAGGAUGGCAUGGAAGUGGAGGUACUCCCCCAAGGAAGAGCUGGAGGACAUGAGCAGCCUGCAGCCGGGGCUGACGGGGCUGCAGAACCUGGAGAACACGUGCUACAUGAACGCGGUGCUGCAGUGCCUGUGCAGCCUGACCCCCCUCGUGCAGUAUUUCCUCUCGGGAAAGUGGAACGCGGCCCUGCACCAGGAGAUUGGAGAGUCUGCGACUGCCUUUGGCUGUCUGGUGUCUGACAUGUGGCUUGGAGAGUUUGACUAUGUUUCCCCUGAGGCUUUUCAUUCUGUCUUUGGGAAGCGGUACCCAGCUUUUAGCAGGAGGACUCAGCAUGAUGCACAGGAAUUCCUCAUCUGUGUUCUGGAUGACCUCCACGAGGCUUUCAAGCAGCCAAGCCAAGAAAGACAGAGCCCUGCUGCAGGAGCAAGCACAAGGAGUAGCAGUGGCACAUCUAUUAUAACACAGUUGUUUGAGGGACAGCUCAGCUAUGCUAUCAGGUGUCUGACAUGCAAAGCCCUCAGUGACAGACCCGAGAGCUUCACCGUCCUCUCCCUGCCCAUCCCUUCCACCAGAGUGUGCUCUCUGCAGGACUGCCUGGAAUGCUUUUUUCAGCCAGACACACUGACUCGGAACAACCAAAUCCACUGCUACUGGUGUGGAAGCAACCAAGAUGCAACAGUAAAGGCCACCAUAACCAAGGCACCACAGAUCAUCAUUUUUCAUCUGAAGAGGUUUGCCUGGCAGGACAAGAACAGAAGGAAACUCUCAACCACCGUUUGCUAUCCGUUCAGCGAUCUGGAUCUCUCUCCCUACAUCUCCACAUCGUGUCACAACAAUACAGAGUACAGCUUGUGUGCUGUAGUGAACCAUGCUGGAGAUCUGGAUUAUGGCCACUACACGGCCUUCUGCAAGCACUCAGUCACCAAACACUGGUACAGCUUUGAUGAUGCCCAGGUCACCAAGAUCCCAGACUCUGCAGUGCAGGCUGACACAGCCUACCUCCUCUUCUACAUCUCCCAAGGCUACUGACACCCUGUUAGUCUUGCAAAUGAACACUGAGUAGGGCAGCACCUAGAAUUCACCAGCAGCAUUAAGCAACUCCUGUUUCAUCAAUAAACUAGAGCAUGUGCACCACUGAUCAGCUGUUGUGGUCUUUCAGGAAGUGAUUCCUAGAAAGGACAGUGACAGCCCCUAAGCCAUGAAGGAAUGUGCAUCUGCUCCAUGUGCACAAGGGCUGGGGUUGUUUUCCAUGACAACCUCCUUGCACCCCUCAGAACAACACAGAUGUUGAGCACACAGAUGCACUUACCUGGAAAUUCUUGUUUUUCUGCUGGUUAAGUAUAGCAGGUUGUUCUAAGCUGCCUUUCAGGAACUAACAGAAGGAUAUCAAAGUGAAAGCACACAACCAGACCAGACUGUGCUACAGAAGAGAGGAUGGAGUGACCAUUGAUAUAGAAGAAAGAAAAAGGCAUUGCUCUACUGAUGUAAUUUUUGUUUCUCCAGCACUUCAAACUUGUUUGCAGCUUGCAAGCUUCUGGAAAACAAUCAAUAUUGGUCUUAAUUCCAUCAGCAAGACAGACACAGACAGGUAAAAGCUCAGACUGUAAGACUUUUGAAUGCUAAUCUUACCAGAAAAGGAAAACUAACCCUAAUUCAGAGCAGAGAAAUAUGAAAGAUGCAACUAAAAGAAGUUUUUAAACUAAUCAGCUCUAUGCAAAACAAUAUUUUUAUCUGGACAACCUUUAAACCGUGUAUGUGUCAGACUGUUAUUAUGUACAAUCUUAAUCAUUGCAUAACAAGCUGAGAAUGAAAAACCAAACCCAAACAUACAUUUAACAGGAUAUAUUUUUAAAUAAUUUCUUCAUUAAGGUUUUUAAUGCAUGUGUACAUGAAAAUUUAUAUUAAAAAAUUAAAAAGGAAAAUCUUGUUUGUUUAGAAUAACUCUGAAGUGCACAAAUAUUGACAAAAGCUAACAGAAAAAAUAAUACAGCUCUGCUUUUUUAUUAAGUAGUGUUGCAAUUACUUAGAGCUGGCAAAUAAAUGCAAUCCUCUGAGUUUUGGAGUCUCACAAAAAGGACAACAUUUUAUUAUAUACAUAAUUCUGAUGUGCAAGUAUGCAAUCAAUAUGUACACUUACAUUCCUAACUGUUUACAUUGUUCUAGAGUAUUCACAGUAGAGUCAAGCUUAAGGUUAGAAAUGUGAAAAGGCCAUUAACAGUGAAAGAAAAAAAUAAACCAAGAUAUGUCUUGGGAUUUUAAGACAUUUUAAACUACUUGUUAAUAGAUUUCAGAUGACUAAGCUAGAAUUUAAUUUUGGAGCAGACUAAAAAUAUAGUUCUUUUUUAAAUAAACAGUAAUGCAGUAUGCUUGUAAAUGGUUUCACUGAUGGCAGUAUGAGCACAAGCGUUACCCAUCGGUGUCUGAUUGUUAAGCACUGCUACGCCCGAGCUCCUGCUGCAGGCACCCUGCUCCUGCCACUCCUCCAGCGACUGUCUGCUGUACCUCUGCAUGUUUAUGUGCAUUCCCAGGCCUACUUUGCUCUUGAAGAAAGAAAACCAGUUUCCUUAAGACACGUUCCUUUACGUGGCCAUAUCUAGUGCUCGCUGUUCAUAGGAAGUAUAAAAGAGAAUGUAAGCAGCUGAGGACUUCACCGAGGACGCCGAGAUCUCGGACACUUCGUGGUCAUCAAACUUAAACCAGCGCUGCUUUGAAGCGUUUUUGCAGUAGGCUGUGUAGUGCCCCCCGUCCAGCCCACCGUAAUGAUUCUGUGAAUGUAAGGCAAGGGUUAGUGGCCUUCAAAGCUGCCUUUUCUCCCCUGGUUAGGGAAAUAAUCUAGAACAUGAAAUGUUUACUAAAUCCCAAUUGUUCUUUUUUAGAAUACAACUUUGUCUGCAAUUACAACGCAGCCUGGCUGAAUCCCACAGACCACCCCGAGUCCUGGCAUAAAGUGCAGCUGGGUUUUGAAAUGUGACAUGGUCACUCACCGAUACUGAGAACAGAUUGUAUCUCUUCAAGGAAGUCUUUGGACCAAUAACAUACUGAGAGAGGUCAAGAGUUUCCAGUGGAAAAUCUACUGAAGUUUGAAGCUUUUGUUUCCAUCUUCCAUCAUAGGAAAAUCUAGAGAAUUAAAAAGCAUCAUGAAAAGUUACAAGCUGUUCACAAGCUAUUCCACUGUAUUAAGCAUGUUAGGUUUCCCUGUUUUUAACCAGGAUGUGAUCUCAACUAAAGCCCCCAGUUCUCUUAACGUUUGCUCAUGUGUUUCUUAGCAAAAGUAACAGGAGGUCACUUGUGGAAGUGCCUUGGGAAUUACAGCCUUACAAAAGAAGCAUCAGAUGAAAAUCAAAUUCUUGCAACAUUACAAUUGGUAAUGUAUCUAUCUAUGACCUUCUCUAAGUAAAAAUGGUCAGCUACUGCCAUGGGACAAUCCAGUUCCAUCAAAGCCUGGUCACUCCAUCCUCAUUAACAUCCACCAAUCACCUUUCCUUACCGUUUCAAGUGCACAAGAAGCACAGGUGGUAAUUUCCAAAUUUCUAUUUUUUUCAAAGAGUCCCUUCGAGUUUUGCAAUGGCUACAGUAAAAUCUAUUGUUAUCAGUGAGCUUUUCUUCUUUGGAGAACAAUCUAAGGCAUUCCUGAAACAAAAUACAGAGAUUGUGAAUGAUAGGCAUUUAUGCAAGUAUAACAAAAAUGUUUGUUUCCCAUUUGGUUGUUAACCUGCAUCAGUGAUCUGCAUUCUACAUUUCACUGAGGAAAAGUGACUUAAGUCUAUGUGUGGAAGCAAGUUUUACUGCAGAUAUUAAUUAGCAUCCUUCAAAAUAUACAGAAGAAUUAAAAAUAAAAAAACCAGAUUCAGAUCUGUUCAUGUUUCAGGUCAAUGCAAAUUAAGCAAAAUGCUGCCCAACCCCUUCAAGCAGAGGGUGAGCAGAAGCAGCAUGACAAUGAAGUGCCAGAGGAAGGUUUUCUCUCCAGUUCCCCAUACCUGCAGAGUGCAUUUGCUGGAGGAUGCAAGUGGUAGUGACAGAUACAUGAAAGCCUCGAAGGUUCGGGACCUCUUGUGACACGUCAGACACUGCACGGUGGAUUUGAACUGCCCUUGGAACAGUGCCACAAUGAUGGACUCGUUGAGCUGCUUGUGCUUGUGCCAGGCUAUUUCUGCUGCGCUUGAGUCAUCCAGGUGAUCGUUAUUUUCUUCCUUGUAUCUUUUCCUGUUGUCAGCCUGGAUAGCAGAAGUUUAAAUACCACAGCAAUAUAUUAACAUAUAUGAGAGGAGUUACCUUUACCCAACCUGCAGGCAGCCCUGGGACUAUCCUUCCCAUUUCCUCACUUCGUGCUCUCAUUAAUGGCUCCCGCUGGGACUAAUAAACAAAGAGAAAAGUGAGAAUGAGGAAAGAAAGAACUGUGACUCUCCUCCCCCCACCAAGGUUUGGAACUGGACUCUUUUCAGCAAAAAUCCUAGGUGAGGAUGCUGCUUUGCUUCCUGUGCCAGGUAACAAAAUCCUGUCAAUGUUCCCAAUGUUUUGUCAAUGUUUCCACACCUGGGGGCACUAAAGGGCUCCUUAUGACACCACUGUGUCCUUAACAUCACACAGAGUACCAAGCUGGUGCAAGAGAUUAAAUACCACCAGGCUUUUAUUUUUGAAACAGAGGGUUGCAGUCUAUGAACCAUCAUCCCCUCUAGCUCCAUGUGAGUGGGAAGUUUUAUUAUCCCAUGGGGAUUUCAUGCUGCCCACCUACAAGAAAUAAACAAGCUUGUCUUGGGAAAAAAAAAUCUAUUUGUGUCUUGGUUUUAACUCUCUCCUCUACUUUUAUGUAAAAUGUGGUCUAAGAAAACAUCCAAUUAUGUAUUUUAAAUUGCUAGAUUAAAAUUAGACUUUCAGCAUUAUUUUAGUGCAUAGCUACUUCACAUUUGAUGAUGAUUUUCUUUUUCACUAACCUUGCCUGGAACAGUCACAAAGGUCUGAGAUGCAUCACCCAGUGCCCGUUUCUGUGUUUCUGGUGUUCGAGUUCCCUUUUCUCUUUCUUCCAUGGAUAUUUUGUCAAUCUCAAUCCUUUUUGCACCAAUGUUUUCUGGUUCAUUUUUAUUUUGCCUUUUUGCUUCUACUGCUUCUCUGUGUGUUCUUUCUUGUUCCUUUUCCUCCUGUUCUCUUUUUAUUUGUUCAUCCCUCUCCUUCUGCUCCCUGUCCUCUUUUGAUUGCUGUAGCUUUUCUUUGUGUUCCUUUUCCUUCUGUUCUUCUUUUGCCUUUUGUUCUUGUUCUUUUCGUUCUUGUUCUUCUUUUUCUCUCUUGAGCCUCUCUCUCUGUUCCUGCUGCUGCCUGUCCCGCAGUUCCUUUUCCCGUCUGUUUUUCUCUAACAAAGCAGCAGUUUCCGCAUGGACCCGACUUUUCUCUUCUUCUGUCAGAGUGCUCCUUCCAUCAUGCACGGGCUUUGUGGAGCGGUCUGGAACAAUUCUUCCACUCUCACCAGACUGGCUGUCACUGAUUGUACUUGGAGCUUUUGCUCUGUUAUCACCAAGGAUUUUUAGUGAAGGCUUUUUAGAACGAUCCACCUGUAACACAGGUGCAGAACACAGAGUCUAGAACAACUCACUGCAGCUAUUACUACUCUCUUUGCUAAGCCCUUCCUAAGAGAGAUUUGUAAGAGAAUAAAGAUUAUAUCAAGUUGACUUCUGACAGAGAGAGAGAGAUAUCUUUCAAUUUCAUUAAAUCUUCUCAUUCAAACUGCUUGUUAGUAAAAUUAGGUAUUCAUUCCAGGUGUGAACUAAUAAACAAGUGCUAAAGAAUCAUAAGGACAGCAUUAUACACUGAUUACCACAACCCUCUAUUUUUGAGCUUUCAAAGGUGAACAUUUUAGGGCAAUCAGGCAGCCUAAUUAGGGCUUGGCUCUCUCAGUCAUGUGACAAAGCACCUGUUUAAUGGGAAGGGGUAUUUAAGAAUGGCUUAUGCUCAGCUGUUGCUAGUAGGUAGUUUUGGAUGCUGGAGUGGAUGUUCUGAAGAAAUAAAAGUUCAUCUGGUUCAGGGGCAAACAGAAAUAAGGUCUCUAAAUUUUACAGUAUAGGAUCUCUUGAAUGAAAUCUGUAUCUAGAGGGCUGAAAGUGAAGGGCUUUUAAGCCUUGUCUCCUAAGGAAAGUAUUAUUUUAGUAUAAGAACUCUACAAAAGUGUUUUUAUAAAGUUUUAUUCACAUGAAAGGAAGAUACAAAUUCCUAUACUUUUGCUACUGGGCCCAGAGUAAGAAAACACCUGAAUGUUUUAUUAUUUGAAUGAAGAUACAGUGGCUGGAAAUCAGACCUGUGGAACACCAAGGUAAACCAUGGCUUAACUGUCCUCUCUGUAUUUCAUCCUAUGUGCUUUAAGUAGAAAGGUUACUUAUAAACUUUCUGAAUUAGUGAUCAAUUGCUGACCUUGAAUUUCUCACAUGCUCACGUAAAAACAUUUAUGAAAAGUUCUGCUAUUCUGUUGAGUGUAUUUAGUUUCAUAUAAUUCUGUAGAUCAGUCACCACAGCUUCACAGACCACCAAGAGUCUCUGUACCAAUAUACUCAUGUACAAGGCUUAAACAAAUGUAUUGAGUAUGUUUACUUGUGGAUUUAGAGUGCUGGGUGUGGUGGGUCUCUAACACAUUAACCAUAUACUAACUGAAAAAAAGAAACAGGUCAAAAAGCUUACCUCAGGGAUACUUCUGGUAACUGACAUGGGAUUAACUACAAAGGAACUGUCAGAUUUUGGAACAGCAGCAUCCUGUAUGUUUGGUCUGUUAAGUGAUUUUAGUCUCUCUUCCAAAUUAUCUCCCAUUUCUUCAUUUUCAGCAACAACAGGUGGCACAGGAGCUGGCUCCUCCAGAGAUGGAUAUGUAAAAUCCA